AUGUAGGUCCAAAAACAACUAUAAAAGCUAUAGAUAAACUAUGAUGAGGAUCAAGUAUAUUAAAUGUUCUUGAAAAUCUAGCUUAUGCCCAUAUAAAAGGUCCUCCAAAGAUUCUCUAAUUUUUAUUUAAAAUCGAAUAAUAAAUAUUGGAUCCUUUAAGAAAAUUUAAACCUGUUUAAGUAACUAUAAUAUAUUCAGAAUAUGUAAUAGGAUUAAUUUCCAAUCCAAUAAAUUCUUUGAUUAAUAAUCUAGAAUCUAUAAUUAAAUAAAAUUAGAAUACAUUUAGUAGCAUCGCUAUCAUCAAAUUCCUAGCAAUGAGUAUUAUUGAUUUUAAAUUAAUUUUCAUUAGAGCAUCGAACACAUUAACUCCAUUUUGAAAUGUAAUAAUCUGUAUAACAUUUAGUACAUUUGAAUUUUUCAGUGCAUGUUUAACAUGA